AUGCUGCCGGCCCGAUCCUGUUCGAUGGUGUUGGUGGUAGUGGUGGCUCUGACCGUUGGUACCGCUUCUGGAGCGUCGAUCGCGUCCAACCUGGUCGAGGAAGAGCGGCCCAGAAUUGCGACCAGCGAGGAGCUGCUGUCGUCGAUCGUGAACGAAUGUUUCGAUGGUGCAUCGGUUAUGGGUUGCCUGAAGGGCAAGGUGCUGUUGUAUCUGGACGGUAUGCUGGGAUUGCGCGAGGAGGAAGCACGUGCCUUCGACGCCAGCAACGUGGAUGAGGUGAUCUUCGACCGCGUUGGGCGUGUACUGGCCACGCACGAGUUCCGCGUCCAGCUGCCGGAAGAUACCGUCGUGAGCUAUCGUGCCGACAAGGGUUUGGACAUCGAUGUACUGCCGGCGGGACUUGCUACUGAAGCGGCCCGUGGUCACUUACUGAAGAAGAAACUCCUGCUUCCAGUGUUGCUGCUGCUGAAGCUGAAGAUGAAGGCGCUGAUGCCGAUCUUCAUGGGGCUGAUCGGACUGAAGGCAAUGAAGGCGCUCAUGCUGUCCAAGCUGGCGAUCACGCUGGUGCUCGGCUUCCUGAUCGCUCAGCUGGUGAAGAAGUCCGGACUCGGCAUGCCCAUGUCGAUGAUGCCAAUGAUGCCACCGGCACCGGCCGCUGAGUAUGGUGCACCGGUUCCGGCCUCCUCUACGCCUGCCUCCAGCUACGAACCAUCGUCCUGGGAAUCGUCCUCCGGACCGUACUCCCGUCUCUGGGAACCGUCCACGUCCGGUUCGUCGCAUAGCCUCGCCUACAGCUCGUACUAUCCCAGCUCGAGUGGUUCCAGCUCGUACACGGCAUACAACGCUGGAUCGGGCAGCUCGUCGUCCGCCAGCUCCGGUAGCUCUUCCUCUUCCUCCUCUCCUUCCUCCGGUUCCUCUUCCUCGCCCUCUUCCUCGUCGAACGCAGCGCACGCUUACUAG